GUCCCCCGUUUCGGCCAACGUCCUCUCAAAAGUAGCUACAUACUCUGUCCUCCAAGUAAAUACCAUCGUCCCGUCGCCAAAGCUCCAUUGCUACUCUAUCUCUUCGCAAACAGUUUGCUGAAGCGCCAAGGACACAGUGACCUUAGUAUAAAGCGGCUAGGACCGUAGUCUUCCCGUAGAUGGCGCUCCGACAGUCUCUCCUCACCAGGGGAAUAGCACCAGCGCCUGAGGACUCAGAGUUAACAUCGCCAGCUGAUGAGCGAAACGAUGCCAAGAAUAACAUGCUCAAGGCCAUGCGGGCCCUGCCAACCCAGCAUUACUGGAAUGUGUACUUUGAUAGACCGCAAGGGAAAGACCCAAAGAAGGCUCCAGAUGGAAACUAUGAGGCCACCUUAGAACAGCUCGCCCACCAGAUUGAGAGCGUGCAGGACUUCUGGCGAUACAACAAUAAUACCCCUGUUGAUCAAAUAAAGAUGCGAGAGUCUAUCUACCUUUUCAAGCAAGGCUUUCAACCAAUCUGGGAGGACAGGAGAAACAUAAAUGGUGGCAGCUGGACAUUCCGUGUCCCCAAGGCUUCGGGGCCAGACUUUUGGACCAGGGUCCAGCUCAUGGCCAUUGGAGAGAAACUGCAGAGCUGCCUUGAUACUGGUGACCAGUUGUGCGGAGUUGGCUUGUCUGUCCGAUUCAACUCUCACUUAAUAUCCGUCUGGCACCGAGAAUCGUCGAAACAGAAGUCAGUAGAUGCCAUCUUAGCAACGGUUUUAGAGGAGCUGCCAGAUGAGAUGAAGCCGAGGCCAGAUAAUUACUUCUACAAGAAGCACUCUGACCACGCUGGUUUCAAGGCGCCUGUGGGUGCGGAGACGAGGGAAGAAUCCUCUGACAAGAAGUGAAGUGGAUUAUGUGAAGGAGGAAGGGGGAAAGUAUCAAUACGAGAGGCGGAGUUCCAUAGAAACUCUCAGUAGUAGGGUUAGACGCUAAGUCGAAGCUUGGCGAGUGCAGAUACGAGUUGACGAUUGUGUCGACUCCGAGAGUUUGAAAUUCGAUGCGAUUUAAGUCACCCUGGCAGAUAGUUCUGCAUUAAAGUAGAAGUAUAUAUAAAUACAGGUCCAAACCCCGU